GGAAGAGGAAAGAGGAGGGGUGAUCUCCUAACAAACAGCUGUUGCAGCUGCAGAGAGGAAAAAGGAGAAAGCUCAGGAGCAGCAGCAGCAAUCCGACCCCUGCAACAGCUUUACCAUGAACAUCUACCUGUUUGUGUAUGACUUAAUGCAAUUCUGUGGACACUCAUGGAUAUUUACAAAUAUGAUCAUCAGGUUCAUGACAUUUGGAAAAGAUUCACUGGCUGACACGUUUUACUCCAUAGGACUUGUAAUGCGCCUUUGCCAGCUGUUAUCUGUAUUGGAGAUCCUGCACAUCCUCAUCGGCAUUGACAAAAGCCGUUUCCUCCCCAGGUUUUUGCAGAUCACUGAGAGAAUAAUUGUUUUAUUUGUCGUGAUCAACAGUCAGGAAGAAGUUCAAGGGAAAUAUGUCGUGUGUGUUUUAUUUUUCCUUUGGAAUUUAUUAGAUGUGGUCAGGUACACUUACAACAUGUUGGCAAGGAUGGGCAUAUACUACCUACCACUAACAUGGCUCAACUUCUCACUGUGCAUCCCACUCUAUCCCCUUUCAGUUCUGGCUAAAGGAUUUGCAAUUUGUGUAUCACUGCCUUAUUUUGAAUCCUUUGGCACAUACUCCAUCAAGCUACCAUUUCCAUUCACCUUCUCAAUCUACUUCCCAUAUGUUCUGAAAAUGUACCUGCUAGUGCUCUUUACAGGUAAGUAUCUCAUCUUCCAGAAAACUGGAUCUCAACACAACUGGGAUGCCUAUGGCAAGAAAAAAAUCAAAUCAGUACCAGGCCUUUCACAAAUUCUAACUCUCUCUGCCACAUCUCCUGCAGACCACUGCAGGGAAGUGCAUCACUACCUGUUUUGAUUUCCAGUAUCUUUCAAAUACAAACAGUUAAAUCUGCAAGAUACCAUGUAUCGUGCAUAAAAAUACAAACCAAUAAAAAUUGUUUCAGUGAUCCCAGCCUUACAGCUAUUUAGUGAAACUUGCUUUUUUGUUUGCUUUUUAAAAAAAAAAAUCAAUUCCCAUUUGAUCAUACUCUGGUUCUGUGCAACUCUUCCUCACUCAUAACUCCUAGCUGGGAUGAGAAGUUUUAUCGAAAUUAAGACUUUUACAGCUUGAUUAUUCAAAGGGAUGAAAAAACAAGGCCACUCCAAAACCUGCAUGUAAAUAGAUCCCUUCUCCUUUUCACCAAAAUACUUUCGAAAAAUUUCUGCUGGAUUUAGCUGCAUCAUACAGAAGUCUUUGUUCUGUCAUUGGCUUUAACAUGAAUUUGAAGGAUCUCAUCCUUAUGAUGUAGUGUUCUGAUCCUAAGUACAUGGAAGGAACUGUGCAAGGUUGCCAGAUAAAUGCUCUUAUUGUUCCUUCUAAACUAAUUGAAGACAGUUUGAAUUCUACUCCCUUGUUCUUACACCAUUUUGUGUUUUGAUUCAGGCAUGUGCUUUGUCAUCCAGAACCUCUUCCAUGAGAGAAUGGCACACCUAGGGACAGGCAACAUCAAAAAUAAAAGAAGUUAAGUUGAUAUUUUGUUUGGAAGGAAAAAAUACAUUCCUAGUGUAUUGCUGCAUGUCAUAAUUAAAAACAAAGUGGACAAAGAUA